AGGAGCUUUCUUUCUCUUCUAUAAUGUCGGAUCUCAAGUCAACCUUUCUCAAUGCUUAUUCCGUUCUCAAGUCCGAUAUCUUUCAUGACCCUUCCUUUGAAUUCACCGAUGAAUUUCGUCUCUGGCUUGAACUGGUAAGUACCCUUCUCCGAUCUCAUCUCCCUCCUGGGGUCUCUCCGUUGAUGAAAGGCGAAGAUUUGGAGAAUCAUGUUGAUGUGAAGAAUGUUUUUGUUGACAUAGGAAUCUACUUCCAAGUGCAGGAUAAUUAUCUCGACUGGUUUGCGGAUCCUGAGACGCUUGGCAAGAUAGGAACAAAAAUAGAAGACUUCACAUGGUCCUGGAACGAUAGAACCAUGGUAAAACCUGACCCAUCAAACGCUGCUAAAGUGAAGAAUCUCUACAAAGAGCUUGAUCUUGAGGAAGUGUUCAUGGAAUAUGGGAGCAAAACUUACGAGAAGCUUAAGGAAGUGAUUGAGGCUCACCAAAGUAAAACAAUCUAAGCACUGUUAAGAUCUACAAGAGGCUCAAGUAGUAGAUACAUUAGUGUUUGUAGUUUUGUUGAAUUUUU